UAGAUUUUUAAUAGAAAAAUCGGCAUUUUUUUGCAACAAAUUUGGUUUUUUAAGACGGAAAUUUUACAAUUAUGCCUUCUGUUCCUCACUGGCAAAAACGAAAUGCUGCAGCUGGAGUGGAGGAUAUGGUUUUACUUCGACAAUUAAAUGAUGAUGCUAUUGUUGAGAAUUUACGUAAAAGGCUGGCUGCUCGUUUAAUUUUUACAUAUAUUGGACCUGUACUUGUUAGUGUUAAUCCUUUUGCGGAUGUACAAAAAUUUGGGGAAGCGGAAAUGGAACAAUAUCAAGGCGCAGCCCAAUAUGAAAAUCCUCCACACAUUUUUUCAUUAGCCGACUCAAUGUUUCGCAACCUCAUGAUUGACCGUGAACGUCAAUGUGUAAUAAUUUCAGGCGAAAGUGGGGCUGGUAAAACUGUUGCUGCCAAACAUAUUAUGUCUUAUUUAGCUCAUUCGUCUGGUGGUGGUCAACGUGUACAGGGCCUAAAAGAGACUAUAUUAAAGACAAAUCCUUUGUUAGAAGCAUUUGGGAAUGCUGCGACUAUGCGAAAUUGGAAUUCUAGCAGAUUUGGUAAAUAUGUCGAAAUAGUCUUUAGUCUUGGUGGAGAACCUUUGGGUGGUCGAAUUUCUUCAUUUUUAUUAGAAAAAUCUCGAGUUGCUCAAACAGCAAGAGGAGAAAGAAAUUUUCACAUUUUUUACCAAUUAAUUGAGGGAGCCGAUAAAGAAUUGAGUAAAGCAUUUGGAUUGGCUAAAGCAGCAAAUUAUAAUUAUUUAAAUUGUUCUGAUUGUUAUGAAGCAGAAAAUACAAAUGAUGGACGGUCUUUUGUUGAAACUAAAGAUGCAAUGACUGCAAUAGGAUUAGACGAAAAUAUACAACGACAAUGUUUGUCUGUUGUGGCUGCUACACUUCAUAUUGGAAAUAUUAAUUUUGUGGAGUCUGAUGGAGAUGGAUUUGCUACUAUUGCUGAUGAACAAUUUUUGCAAUUUCCUGCAUUUCUUUUGGGAAUAACCCCUGAAGCGAUUAAAGAGAAUUUAACUCGUCGGCAACUCCAAUCUAAAUGGGGUAAAAAUAUUGAGCAAGUGGAGGUUAGGCACAACAAAGAACAAGCAGCAUAUACCAGAAAUGCUUGGGCUAAAGCUCUUUACUCAAAACUUUUUGAAUUUUUGGCAUUAAAUGUGGAUGAUCGUCGACAUUCUUUAGAUUUAUCAAUUGGUGUGUUGGAUAUUUACGGAUUUGAAGUUUUUGAAUGGAAUGGAUUUGAACAAUUUUGCAUUAAUUUUGUGAAUGAAAAACUCCAACAAAUUUUUAUUGAAUUAACUUUAAAAGCAGAACAAGAAGAAUAUAUGGCUGAAGGGAUUCAAUGGACAACUGUCGAAUUCUUUAAUAACAAAAUUGUUUGUGAUUUAAUUGAAGCAAAGAGGCCACCAGGUAUUAUGCCAAUUCUUGACGAUGUUUGUGCCCAAAUCCACGGACAGAGUGACGGCGUUGACAUUUUAAUGUUAAACAAAUUAUCAAAACAAUUACUUGGACACGAACAUUUCCGUCCUGGAUCUGAUAACUUUUUAGUUCGUCAUUAUGCCGGUGAAGUACUUUAUCAAGUUGAAGGUUUCUGUGAUAGAAAUCGAGAUAUUCUACAUUCUGAUUUGGUUCAUUUAAUGUUGGGAAGUAAAAAUUCAUUUAUGCGUCAAUUAUUUGAGGGAUGUAUUCCAUCAGAUCCAAAUAAAAAGCCAACUACCAAUCAUUUAAUGGAAUCUUUAAUGUGUUGUGUGCCUCAUUAUGUUCGUUGUAUUAAACCAAAUGAAAGAAAACGAGCGCUUGAUUUUGAUGAAGAAAGAGUUUUGCAUCAAGUCCGCUAUCUAGGUCUUCGAGAGAAUAUUCGCGUUCGUCGGGCUGGUUUUGCCUAUCGUCGACUUUUUGAGCGUUUUAUUUGGAGAUAUUCAAUAAUUUGUAAAGGAAGUGAAAAUAAAUUAAGAAAUAAAGAUCCUCGUCAUGAUUGUGAAAUUAUUUGUGAAACUGCACAAAUUUCUCCUGAAGAAUUUCGACUUGGAAACACAAAAAUAUUUAUUAGAAGUCCAGAAUCUUUAUUUCUUUUGGAAGAAGCGAGGGAAAGACGUUUUGAUGCUUUUGCUAGAAUUAUUCAAAGAAUAUUUAAAAGAUUUGCUGCAAAAAGGAAUUUGAGGAAACAAAAAGACGAAGCAAGUGAACUUUACAGAGGUUUAAAAGAAAGAAAUCGCCAUUCAUUGGAACGUCGCUUUGUUGCUGAUUAUAUCGGUCUAGACCACCAUCCAGGACUUCAAGCAAUUGUUGGGGGAAGACGUGAACGUAUUUUCUUUGCUGCAAGUGUUACUAAAUAUGAUAGACGUUUUAGACCAACAAGGACAGACCUUUUAUUGACUACAAAAGCAAUUUUCCUUGUUGGCCGUGAGGCUUUAAAGGAAGGAACAAAUACUGGAAAAAUGGUAGAAUCACUUAAAAGAAAAAUUCCUUUUGCCUCAUUAAAUGCUGUUUUGGUUAGUUCAUUUCAAGAUGAUUUUUUAUUGUUAGUUGUUACUUCUGAAUAUUCAAGUCUUUUGGAGACACCUUUAAAAACUGAAUUUUUGGCUGCUUUAAAUAAACGUUUAAAAGAAAAUUUUCGUCAAUCUUCUCUUCCAUUACAAAUUACUGAUAAAUUUAUUAUUCAAUUAAAACAAUUACGUCCAGCAAUGUUACCCAAUGCUUUCCCAAAAGCUGCUAUUUCUUUAUUUACUGGAGGAAAUGAAAGAAUUGUUGAAUUUAGAAAAGAAAAGAGACACAACAACAAGGUCGUCGAACUAUUUUGGUUCCAAAUGGAAAAAUACUUAAUAUUUUGGUUAUUGAUGGAUUAUCUCCAAAUAGUAGUGAGCUUUUUAAUAAAUUGA